UAGACGAAGAGAUAGGUGAGCUUGUAGACCUCGUUGAGGAGAUCCAACUCAGCGAUGAAUACAAUCAGGAAGAACAGGAGAGUGAAGACUCUGAAGGAGAGCAAAACAUUGGAGAAACAAAACCGCCUGUAUUCACGCCCAUGCACAACAUUCAAGGACUCCAUAAAGGUUAUGUAAUGUUGCCACCUGAUAUACAACUAGAUAAUAAUGUUAGCAUACUUGCAUUAUUUAAGUUGUUCUUCACCGACGAACAAUUACAAAUGAUUGUUGAAAGUACUAAUAAAUAUGAGCAAAUAAAAAGCGUUGAAGGUGGUCGUCCUUGGUAUCCAUUGACCUUAAAUGAACUAAAAAUCUGGUUUGCAUUAGUGAUUUACAUGGGAGUUCAUAAAAUCUAUGCUGUUGAGGAUUUGUGGAAUUCAAAUGAAAAGAGAGCAGUUCACAGCAUUAAAGAGUAUAUGACUUUAUUGAGAUUUCAACAGAUAAAACGAUUUCUUCAUAUUUCUAACCCAACUGAACCACACUUAUGCUGGUAUUCUAAAGUGGAACCCUUAGCAUCACAUAUUCGAGAAGUAAGCAAACAAUUGUAUUUUCCUAGUUCACAAGUAUCUGUAGAUGAGAUGAUUGCCCGUUUCUCUGGUCGUAGUGCACAUACAGUAAGAAUGAAAAACAAACCAACACCAGAGGGUUACAAGAUCUUUUCACUCUGUGAUGCAGGGUAUACAUAUACAUUUGCAUUCACUUCACGUAUUGAAAAGGAUGUGCAAGUAGCACCUGUUGUUGGACUUAGUAAAAUAGGAGGUUCUGUUUGGCACUUGGUAAAACAACUUCCUCAUCACAAAACCUUUCAUGUAUACAUGGACAAUUAUUUCUCCAGUAUUCCACUUUUUAAAUAUAUGCGUGAUAAUGGUUUAGGUGCAUGUGGGACUGUCCGUACUAACUCAUCUAAAUUCCCUAAAGAGUUAAAAAUAAACAAAGGGAUAUCUCUAGAUUGGAAUACAAUUUCUGGGAAAGUAGUAGAUGAUGUUUUAGUUAUUGUAUGGGUGGAUAAUAGUCCAGUAACAAUGCUCACUACUAUUCAUCAAAUUGUUGGUGAUGAAUGGAAAAUUGUUCGUAAUAGACGACGGCCAAGAGAAACAAGUUCCAAUGCUAGUACAGUGCGCAGAGUUUUUGGUAAUGCUUCAAGGAAAGAAUUAUCAAUCCCAAAGGUGAUUGAUGAUUAUAACCAUUACAUGGGAGGUGUUGAUAUUGCUGAUCAACUUAGAG